CAUCAUGAGAUGCUACAGUACGCUUCUACGCGAUGCGAAGAAGAAACCAAUCUUUAUGCGCUGUUGAAAAAGUCGCUCAUUUGUAUAGAAGUGCUCACCCAUCUCAACUGCGAGCCUGAGCCCUUUUCUAAGACUAUAUGUUGACUCGAGCACCGCGACUCUCUCUUUUAUUGUCUCCUCGAUAUAUUCCAAUGCUACAUCAAGCAAUGUCUACCAACACGACCCAAGCACAGAAAAGCAAUAACAAACUGAUCUUCGCACCGGGUGAAGCUCCCCCAGACUCCGCCGCCCCGACAACCACUCCCUCGAGGGCUGCACAAUUCUCGCUCUCCAGCCUUCGCCGCUCUGACCUCUCAUCCGAUCCAUUUACCCAAUUCCACGAGUGGUUCACAUCCCCCCAGUUGCGCGGACACGUUCCCGAGACCGUCACUUUAUCUACGGCCUCUCUCCCUUCCGGCCGCGUCAGCUCACGGGUCGUCUAUCUCAAAGAACUCGACGAGAAGGGGUUCGUGAUCUAUUCCAACUUCGGCACGAGCCGCAAAGCCCGCGACAUCGCAAGCAACCCGUAUGCGAGUCUGUGCUUUUGGUGGAAACCGCUCGAACGACAAGUGCGUGUUGAAGGAACGUGUGAACGACUAAGCCCCGAGGAAAGUCAGAUCUAUUUUGAUACGAGGGCAAGGGGAAGUAGGGUGGGCGCGUGGGCGAGUCAACAGACUUCUGUCCUUGAGCCUCAGAACAAGGCCAAUGGGACUGCCGAGGAAGAAGACGACGGCCGUCUUGACCUUGAGAAUCGGGUCAAGGAAGUUGAGAAAAGGUUUGCAGGGCAGGAUCACAUUCCCGUGCCACCGUUCUGGGGUGGGCUUAGGAUCAUCCCAGAGGCCGUUGAAUUCUGGCAGGGCCGGGAGAGUCGCUUACACGAUCGGUUUUUGUAUACGAGGAUGCAUGACAAUGAGGGGUGGAAAAUUGAGAGGCUGAGUCCGUGAUGCUCUAGACCUAAGCACAUAGACCCGCGAAAAGACAGAAUAAAGAGACAAGAAGGAUGUUUUGGUGUUUCAACAUAUAGAAGUUGAAUUCUUCUUCGUCUUC